AUGUCCACUGCGGGCGUCGAAAACCAACCUCCUGAAGCACCAGCAUGGCGCGAAAACCUGAACACGCAUCUCAUCUGCCCCGAUUGCAAGCAGGUGCCCCCUGAUCUGAUCGAGGACAAUGCCGACACCAUUUGUGCCAACUGCGGAAUGGUGCUUGCCGAACGUUUGGUCAGCUAUGAGUCCGAAUGGCGUACCUUCAACUCUGAUGAAGGCAAAGGCGAGGAUCCUAACCGUGUGGGAGACGCCGAUAACGAGUUGUUCCUCACCAACAAUGCCGGUACAAUGAUUGGCGGCGGCGGGCCGAAUGUGUCGAAGGAGACGCGGAAGCUCAAGAAGGCGCAGGCGCUGCAACAGGAAAACAAGGCGGACAAGGCUCUCCAAACCGCCUACGCCCAGAUCGAGGCUUGGGGGGAGAAAGCCAAGCUCACGGCUACGAUUAAGACUACCGCCAAAAUGUACUUCAAGCGGGUUUACGAAGCGAACGCUCUCCGUGGCAAGCAGACAGAGGUUAUCUUGGCCGGAUGCCUCUUCAUUGCCUGCCGUCAACACCAAGCGCCUCGGUCCUUCAGUGAGAUCUUCGGACUGACAUCGGUUCCCAAGAAGGAGAUCGGACGAGCAUACAAAAACUUGGAAAAGUUUCUGACUAAAUCGUCGAACGAAAGUAUUCAGGCCAUUGAGGAAAGUGGCGGCAUUGCGAAUCGGAAUCUUCUCGGUUUCAAAAGUACCCAGUCGACCAAACCCGAAGACCUCUGCGAUCGCUAUUGCAAUAUGGUUGGAUUGCCUUUCCGUGUGUCGACUAUCGCACGAGAGCUCGCACAGAAGAUACCUACUGUUGAAGGGUUGGCUGGUCGUAGUCCGUUAUCCAACGCUGCCGCAUGCACCUACUUCGCCAGUCAUUUGCUAGGGUUUGGGAAGUCCACGAAACAAAUCAGCGAAGUGGCCGGCGUGAGCGAUGCCACCAUCAAACACGCCUACAGAUAUCUUCUCCAGGCAAAAGACUCCUUGGUGGAGCCAAGCUGGUUGGGAGAGCAGGGAAAUGCCGGCGGGUUCGGCGAUCUGAAGAAUCUUCCGGGUGCUUGA